AUGACCAUUUGCGAAUUCACGCCAAGUCGGUUUUACACUAAAUUUGACAAUUCUAACCAUUAAUUUCAGCGUCGCGUACGCGUAAAAUCGAUGUUCAUGCUCAUGUGCUCCCGAAGAACAUUCCCGAUUUUCAAGAGGUGAAAAAUUGCGAAAAUUUCAAAAAAACGUCGGCAAAAAUUUGGUUUCAGAAGUUCGGAUACGGUGGAUUCGUACGUCUGGAUCACAAGGAGGACGGAACGACGCAAAUGAUGAAAGACGGAAAAGUGUUCCGAGUCGUCGAGCCGAACUGUUUCGAUACGGAGACCCGAAUCGCCGAUAUGGACCGGGCGAACGUGAAUGUUCAGUGUUUGAGUACGGUUCCGGUAAUGUUCAGCUACUGGGUAAGUUUUGGUGGCAAAUUCCAAACAAAAAUUGGUCGGGAAUUGGCUGAAAUGUUUGCUUUAUUCCUUUUCCAAAUCGUGGCCGCCACCGCGGCCAACCCGAUUGCCCGCGCUCUCCUAUAUGCCCUCUCCUCGCGCAUUCGACUGUUGCCGCGUGGCGCAACCGGCAACACUGCCGGCCGUCGCGCGCGCAAGUCAAUGAUGUUUUUUCAAGACGGGACCGACUUGUGAAUGAUGCAUAAACGAAAUGCUGAGACUAUUUCUUUUUUGGAAUUUUUUACAGGCCAAACCGCAAGACACGGAGAUUGUGGCUCGUUUUGUGAACGACGAUUUGUUGGCAGAAUGCCAAAAGCAUGCGGAUCGCCUGAUUCCGCUUGGCACUCUGCCAAUGAACGAUGUGCGACGGGCGGUUGAAGUAAGUUCAUUUAUAUUGACAUUUUUGUUAAUUUUUCGUUCGUUGACUAGAAGUGUAAAAAUGAGCAAAAUGAGCAAGAGAAUUGGUCGAAAAGAACAAAUAAGUUACAAAAUAAUAAUAGUAAAGGGAGGCGGCACCCGUACGAAUUUUCGGUGGGAAAAAAGUUAUUGCUGUCUAUCGGGGACCGAAAGAGGAACGUAUCAGAGUUGA